CGAACCACCUAGCGAGGAUGGCCCUUUAUCACGCAGGGCCGUCAAAACAUUGCUCGAGAGAUUAACUUGAGGAGGUGACGAGAAUGAAAUAGGAUCUUCCCUGAGAACUUGGUGUUAAAGAUUUAUUAUGACAUAUUGGAUUCAAUGAAGGGAAUCUGGGAAUCUGGAAGACAGCCUAUAAUUGUCACAUGAUGUUCACGGAGUAACACACCUACAUUGCUUUGUUGUCUUCUUACCAGAUUCAAUAUCUCAUUUGAUUCUUCACGAAAACUCUCCCGCCUUUCCCCUUGUCGCCAGUUCCAGUGUCACCAUUGCAUUUUGCAUUGUCCUAAAUCUCUAAACGACCGCCCAACUCCUUAUCAAGAUGGGGAAAGUGAAAGCUCACAUCGACACCGAGUUCCCAGCUCCCAACCCUGUCAGAUUCAUUGACCCGCUGAUGCACCCUCCAAGUUACUCCCACUACUUCCACAUAAACUCCAACAGUAAGGGCUGGGACAAGAUCUGGUCGCGCCUGAUCGCCGACACCAAGAUCAUCGUCGCCGCCGCGGACGUGGCCCUGACAGCCGAAGAUGGCCCCUGUUACGACGAGGACCUCGUGACCACAAUCCCACCUCCUAUUGUCUCCGUGGACGAGGGUAUCUACAUCAACGGUGCCGGCAAGGGGGCCAGCAAGCCCCUGGUCAUCGGGCCCCAUGAAGACGGACAUUUCAACUACGUGAAGACGAAUUGGAAGCCGUACGACGUCGUCGUCUGUUGUGUGCUACUCCGGGCUGCGAUGUUGGCGCCCCAUGCUGUGCAGCUGAGUUCGGAUGGCUUCUGGGAGGAGGAGCUUUCAUGGAAGGAGGUGAGGCGGCUCUAUCAAUCGCUCUGGCCGGAGGAUAAUCUCUACUGCCCGUGGAAAGAGCCAGCCGUUGAAGAUCCAAAUGGUGGCAGUACUGGCUGUGCGCCCAGCUAGGAGUCGCCUGGAGGGAUUCUCGCGGUCUGGAAUCCAGGUUCUGAUUUGACUUGAUCAUGUAUGGAGCUCGAACUCAGCCCACUUAAUACACCGGUCGGUAGCCGCCGUUAUGAAAAUGCAGCAAAGUGAUGCUCACUUUCUACAUUCCGAGUAUUCUGCCAGCAGAGUCAGCUUUCAAGUUAACUGUGUAGAGCCACUUGUAUACGAAAUUCUACUUGGCCUUAUCUUAUUCGAUAGAGGACGGCUUGGGGGAGCCUCUGGAAGAAGGUCUUGAUACUUUCACCGUUGUCAUGCUGAGAAACGAACUGAUAUGGUAAUAUAGGAUAGUCUUGCUUGACACAUGUGGUCAG